UUAAUUUCAUUAAAUACAGAGAUUAUGCAGAGGCAUACAAACAGUUCCACACAGCAACACAACACAUACCCCUGUGCAAAGCGAGCUUCAUCCAAAGGUUUUCUGGUUUAAUGGAGGGUGGAGAUAGCAUACUAGAUUCUAUUUUUGAUGACGAGAAGUUUGAAGAUGUUGAAGAUGUGGAGAUGCUUGAUGUUGAAGAUGGAGAGUUAGUGGAGCAAAACGUGAGUAAUGUGGGACAAAGCAGUGGUGGGGAUACAACUCUUACGAGUCAGGAAUCUGAAAACAAGAAUCGUAGGCGGAAGAAUAAGAAGAAGCAAAAGAGGAAGAGAGGCAGCAAUUCUGGACCUAAUGUGACAGACAUAAACAGGUUUGUUCUUGAUGUCUGUAGGCGCUUGAAAGAGAGAAAGUCUUUCCUUGUUUGGACUGCUGUGGGUUGUCUAGGUGUCUCUGCUUUUAGUGAUCUCGUCAAAGAGGUGGAUGCUAUUCAAGCUUGCGGAGGCCAAAAGACUGCUGAUGGAAAGCGCUAUCGAACUGGUGGUGGCAUAUUAUGGGGCAUCCUUAAACUCCGCGAUCCAAAUGCUUACAAGGAGAUAAUGAAAAAGGGAAAUGAGUUUGAGAAGCAGCUAAAGCAAAGUGGUACGCGUGUGCCCUUGCAGAAGAAAACAGCUCCAUUUGAAGGGAAGUUGCCUGUAUCCACAGAUCAAACAAUUGGCAGUUUGGAUGCUUCAGAACUUGUAUCUGACGUACAAGAUCAGCCUGAGCAGCCUUGCACUGAGCGUAAACGUCCACCAGUUCAUGACCGAAUUCGUGUUCCCGUUGCCUAUGAUGACCUGGUUGGAUUAGAUGAUUCAAAAGAUGGAUCACCUUGAUGUUUGUACUGAUGCAAAUGUUUGCAACUCAAGGAGUACUUUGGUGAUGCAUGGUUUUUGGAUCUUGAAACUGUUCUGCCGCAUUGAUUUGAGAUUAAUUUGAAGGUGUUGGGCAGGAGUGUAUAAAUUAUGUUUCGAGUACUUUGAUGAGGAAAAAAGAUGAACUUGUCAGAAAAAGAGAAAAAAAAUAUGCAUCAUUUUUGUUCGAUGGUUAAUUGUUAAGUUUUGUUUUUUAUACA